GGGCUGCACUCUCCAAAUCCCAGGGGCGGCCCCGGAAGUGACGCAGGGACGCGCCUUCCAUUUUGUGGAACGCCAGAGCUGCUAAGUGCGUCAGUUGUCGAGAGACGUAGACGAGUUAAGUCCAGGUCUGCGGGGAGGCAGACGACUCCGUCGCAGACUACGGACCUCUCUGGGUCUCAGCUGCCAAAGAUCCUGUCCGGUAGGUGAGUGGCUCACUUUGAGGGCAAGGCUUCUCGGAUCGAGGCUUCUUCAUGGCCGCUCAGGUCGCGAGUGGCUGGGGCUGCUCUCUUUGCGGAGGACGGCGUCUAAUGAGCGCAGUUGAUUGAGGAAAUACUAGCCGGACAUCAUGAGUGGCUGUCGAGUGUUCAUCGGGAGGCUAAACCCAGCGGCCAGGGAGAAAGAUGUAGAAAGAUUCUUCAAGGGUUAUGGACGGAUCAGAGAUAUUGAUCUGAAAAGAGGUUUUGGUUUUGUGGAAUUUGAGGAUCCCAGGGAUGCAGAUGAUGCUGUGUAUGAACUUGAUGGGAAAGAACUUUGCAGUGAAAGGGUUACUAUUGAACAUGCUAGGGCACGAUCCCGAGGUGGAAGAGGUAGAGGACGCUACUCUGACCGUUUUAGUAGUCGCAGACCUCGAAAUGAUAGACGAAAUGCUCCACCUGUAAGAACAGAAAAUCGACUUAUAGUUGAGAAUUUAUCCUCAAGAGUCAGCUGGCAGGAUCUCAAAGAUUUCAUGAGACAAGCUGGGGAAGUAACCUUUGCGGAUGCACAUCGACCUAAAUUAAAUGAAGGGGUGGUUGAAUUUGCCUCUUAUGGUGAUUUAAAGAAUGCUAUUGAAAAACUUUCUGGAAAGGAAAUAAAUGGGAGAAAAAUCAAAUUAAUUGAAGGCAGCAAAAGGCACAGGUCAAGAAGCAGGUCUCGAUCAAGGACCAGGAGUUCCUCUAGGUCACGGAGCCGAUCUCGUUCCCGUAGUCGCAAGUCUUACAGCCGGUCAAGAAGCAGGAGCCGGAGCAGGAGCAAGUCCCGUUCAGUUAGUAGGUCUCCUGUGCCUGAGAAGAGCCAGAAACGUGGUUCUUCAAGUAGAUCUAAGUCUCCAGCAUCUGUGGAUCGCCAGAGGUCCCGGUCCAGGUCCAGGUCCAGAUCAGUUGACAGUGGCAAUUAAACUGUAAAUAACUUGCCCUGGGGGCCUUUUUUUAAAAACAAACAAACAAAAAAAAAAACAAAUUCCCAAACCAUACUUGCUAAAAAUUCUGGUAAGUAUGUGCUUUUCUGUGGGGGUGGGAUUUGGAGGGGGGUUGGGCUGGGCUGGAUAUCUUUGUAGAUGUGGACCACCAAGGGGUUGUUGAAAACUAAUUGUAUUAAAUGUCUUUUGAUAAGCCUUCUGCUCACAUUUUUGUGAAUGUCUGAAGUAUAUAGUUUGUGUAUAUUGACAGAGCUCUUUUAUAACUAAAGCAAAUUUAAUUUUUUUGUACUAGAAAAAUUGAACAUUUUAGUUCUUGGGUUAUUCAAAUAUGUUAAUUCAGAAUUAGUUUAAUGCCUCAAUUAAACUAAUUAAUAGCUUUGGACACUUAAAAGAGCUCUAAAUUUGCUUGUAUAUAAAGGCUUAAUUUGAGUUUUCCUUGUUAGGGUCAAGGGUGUCCUCCCAUCCACCCCAUUAACAGCUGCAGGACACAGACACAUUAAAGCAGCUGUUUGUUAUUGAUAAUAAAAUAUUAUAAAACA